AUGCAUCAAAGACUGCCUGAAGGAGGUCAAACUUUGGUUUAUUCGACGAUCAGCGAUCACGAAGUCAAACUUGACUUCUAUUUGCCCGAUGCCGACCGCGGGAGUCUGCCCGCGCUGAUCUACUAUCAUGGCGGUGGAAUGACAGCUGGCUCACGGCGCGCUGGCUUCCCCCACUGGCUGUACAAACACUGCCAGGCGAAAGGCUACAUCUUCAUUUCGGCCGACUAUCGGCUCUGUCACCCCUGCACCGCCCUCGAUCAAAUUGAGGAUGCCAAAGCUCUGUUCAGAUUCGUUGCAGGGGCAACUUUCAAUGACCAGCUGCCUCGCUCUAUCACUAUUGAUACUACGCGCAUCGCGGUCACUGGAUUCUCAGCGGGCGCCUAUUCAGCUCGUGCCGCAUGCAUCUACGCCGAGCCGAAACCUGCCGUUCUCCUGACAGGCUACGGGCUUGGAGGGAACUUGCUCUUAGAUCACUGGACUUCUGCCCGGCCACCGACAUCCCUUGCUGGGCGUGUCAAUCUAGAUGAAGUCCCGAGGUUACUAGCCGAUAAAACUAUUGUAAGCGAUGACACGCCGGCGAACGGCCUCAUGUCCAAUCGCUUUGCUCUCACAGUGCGCUGGGAGCUUGAUGGUACCAUACUCGAUGGCAUCUUUGGAAGACCUGGACUGGGAGCAAUGUUCAAUGCCGUGGACUAUGCUCAACGAGCUGGUAUGAUUCCUGCCGAUUUGAAGGCGGGAUUUUUACCUUGCUUUGUCACUAAAGACUACCCGCCGUCUGUAUUCGUGCAUGGCACGGCCGAUGAAGUUGUGCCUGACCAGGAAAGCAUUGACCACCAUGAGCAGCUGAAGAAGCUGGGCGUGAAGACGGAGCUCCUGCUUGUAGAAAAUGGGUCGCAUGGACUGAUGGACUUCACCUCUGGUCCACCGUUCGAGCUAACUAGAGCUGCGGUAGAGGCAUAUGGCAAAGCGCUUGAAUUUGUAGAUGAAGUGCUUAGCGCGCUCUAG